AACCCUCAAAUUUAACAAAACCCCUUAAAACAUUCAUUCAAUCAAUCAUGCCAUUAAAUUCUCCAUUAUCCAUCCACACUUACUUAAAACUAUCUCUCAAAUCCACGACCUCUUCUUCAUUCAGACGUUCUUUCCACUUAAUCCCCCUUAAAUUCAUCAAAAACCCUAAACCCUCAUUAUUAAAAUCAAGGCCACCUUUAAUCUUUCUUUGCUCAUCUUCCUCUUCUUCUUCAAAUUACUUGAUUCGAAAAACCCGAAAAAAUGAUGAUUCUUAUUCCUUACCUUACUUUUACCAACAGCAAAGUUUCCCUUACGGCCGAUACGCUUACGACGAAUACGCGUCUGAAGAUGACUCUGAUCGUGAACAUUUCCAAUGUUCUCCACAUAAUUUGGGGGCUUCCACUCUCGAUAACAUCGAUGAGUGGCAAUAUAAGCUUACUACACUAAUCCGAAAUAAAGAUGAGCAAGAGUUAGUUUCACGAGAGAAAAAGGACAGGAGAGAUUUUGACCAACUCUCAGCACUGGCAACUCGGAUGGGGUUACAGAGCCGUCAAUAUGCAAAAGUAGUUGUCUUUAGUAAAGUUCCUUUGCCAAAUUACAGACCAGAUCUAGAUGAUAAACGUCCUCAAAGAGAGGUGGUUCUUUCUUCAGAAUUACAUAGUCGGGUUGAUUAUCAUCUCAAGUCAUACCUUUCACAAAAAUCUGUUACUAGAGAUGGUUAUCCUAAUAACAGUUUACCUACAUCAAGCACAUCCACAAAUCUAUUUUCUGAGGAAGGACUUCAUGAGCAAGAUGAGCCUAUCAAACGAAGUCCUGUUGCAGAGGGAAUUCUCAGGCGGAGAAGUGUUCAUCUACGAAAUAUCCAACAAGAUUGGCAGGAAUCUGCCGAAGGCCAAAAGAUGCAAGAACUACGAAGAAGUCUACCUGCUUAUAAAGAGAAGGAAGCAUUGUUAAAUGCUAUUUCCAGAAAUCAGGUUAUUGUGGUGUCUGGUGAAACGGGUUGUGGUAAAACGACUCAACUGCCUCAGUACAUCUUAGAAUCAGAAAUUGAAGCUGCUCGCGGAGCUCAAUGUAAUAUUAUCUGUACCCAACCCAGACGAAUAUCUGCUAUGUCAGUUGCAGAGAGGGUUGCUGCUGAACGAGGGGAAAAGCUUGGUGACUCUGUUGGGUAUAAAGUUCGCCUUGAGGGAGUUAAAGGAAAGGAUACUCGUCUGCUAUUUUGCACUACUGGCAUUUUGCUAAGAAGGUUACUACUUGACAGGAGCUUGCAAGGUGUAACUCAUGUUAUUGUUGAUGAGAUCCACGAACGAGGGAUGAAUGAAGAUUUUUUACUGAUUGUUCUGAAGGAGUUACUUCCUCGCCGACCUGAACUCAAGUUAAUUUUGAUGAGUGCAACCCUAAAUGCCGAGCUUUUCUCCUCUUACUUUGGGGGGGCUCCAAUGAUCCAUAUUCCUGGUUUCACUUAUCCAGUAAGGAGUUAUUUUCUUGAGAAUGUUUUGGAAAUGACUGGAUAUAGGUUGUCAACAUAUAAUCAAAUCGAUAACUAUGGCCAAGAGAAAAGUUGGAAAAUGCAGAAACAAACUCUUCGUAAAAGAAAGAGUCAAAUUGCUUCAGCUGCUGAGGAAGCACUCGAAACUGUGGAUUUAAGAGAUUAUAAUCCGAGGACUAGGGAUUCUCUAUCAUGUUGGAACCCAGAUUCAAUUGGGUUCAAUCUUAUUGAGAAUGUCCUUUGUCAUAUUUGUAGAAAAGAAAGGCCAGGGGCUGUGUUGGUAUUUAUGACUGGUUGGGAUGACAUAAAUUCUCUCAAGGAUCAACUCCAGGCUCAUCCGCUACUGGGAGAUCCAAGCAAAGUCUUGCUGCUUGCAUGCCAUGGUUCUAUGGACAGCUCAGAACAGAAAUUGAUAUUCAAUAAACCUGAAGAUGGUAUCAGAAAAAUAGUUCUAGCCACCAAUAUGGCUGAGACAAGCAUCACCAUCAAUGAUGUAGUUUUUGUGGUUGACUGUGGAAAAGCUAAAGAGACGUCCUACGAUGCACUCAACAAUACUCCAUGUUUGCUUCCGGCCUGGAUUUCAAAAGCUUCUGCUCAUCAAAGGAGAGGAAGAGCAGGGCGUGUGCAACCAGGUGAAUGCUAUCAUUUGUAUCCCAAGUUUGUAUAUGACUCUUUUGCUGAGUAUCAGCUGCCAGAGUUGUUGAGGACACCCUUACAAUCUUUAUGCCUUCAAAUUAAAAGUCUGCAACUAGGUAGUAUUUCUGAGUUCUUAUCAAGGGCCUUGCAGCCACCGGAACCUUUAUCAGUUCAGAAUGCUAUUGAAUAUUUAAAAGUAAUUGGGGCUCUAGAUGACCAAGAAAAUCUUACAGUGUUGGGCCGUAAAUUGUCAGUGCUUCCAGUAGAACCCAAGCUUGGUAAGAUGUUGAUAUUAGGGGCCAUUUUCAAUUGCCUUGAUCCAAUAGUGACUGUCGUUGCUGGUCUAAGUGCCCGAGAUCCAUUUUUGAUGCCAUUUGACAAAAAGGAUCUUGCCGAGUCAGCAAAAGCCCAGUUCUCUGGACGUGAUAAUAGCGACCACCUUGCUCUUCUUCGUGCUUAUGAUGGUUGGAAAGCGGCUGAAAGACAGCAAUCGGGUCACGAGUACUGCUGGAGAAAUUUCCUAUCUUCACAAACUCUGAGAGGUAUUGAUUCGCUUAAGAAGCAAUUCCAUUAUUUGCUCAAGGAUGGUGGCUUGGUUGAUAAUAUAGAGAGAUGCAACACAUGGAGCCAUGACCAAGAUCUCAUCCGAGCCAUCAUCUGCUCGGGUCUUUUCCCAGGAAUUUGCUCUGUUGUGAACAAAAAGACUUCAGUGUCACUGAAAACAAUGGAAGAUGGUCCUGUAUUGCUCUACUCAAAUUCAGUUAAUUCGCAAGAACCAACAAUCCCAUAUCCAUGGCUGGUAUUCAAUGAAAAGGUGAAAGUGAAUUCGGUUUUUCUAAGGGAUUCAACAGCUGUGUCAGAUUCUGUAGUUCUUCUAUUUGGAGGAAGUGUUUCAAGAGGUGGUCUGGAUGGACACUUGAAAAUGUUGGGGGGCUACUUGGAGUUCUUUAUGAAACCUGGCUUGGCAGGCACCUAUCUUGCCUUAAAGAGAGAGCUCGAUGAACUCAUCCAGGUCAAGCUUCUGAACCCGAAAAUAGACAUAGGCAACCACAAUGAACUUCUGGAGUCGCUGAAACUAUUAGUGUCAGGGGACCGAUGUGAGGGUAGAUUCGUAUAUGGCCGUAAAGCUUCACCAGUAUCAAAGAACACCGGAAAAGAAGCAGAGAAAAAAGGAACGUCUUCCAUAAAUGGCAGUAUAGCUGAGAAUGAUAACUCAAAGAAUCACCUGCAAACAUUGCUUCUCAGAGCGGGUCAUCAACCACCUACCUACAAGACGUCACAGCUGAAAAACAAUAAAUUCCGGUCAACUGUGUUGUUCAAUGGUUUGGAUUUUGCUGGGCAGCCAUGUGGUAGUAAAAAACUUGCCGAAAAAAGUGCUGCUGCUGAGGCUCUUCAGUGGUUAACGGGUGAGACCCAAUCAUCACAAAAGGCGAUUGACCAUAUAUCGACCAUUCUAAAGAAAAGCACAAAGAAGAGUCGGGUUCGUUAGUUCUUUCCUACCCAAAAUCCACGAUAUCAGCUAAAGUGGAAUACACGCGCUACACAAAUGAUUUACUCAUCUCGCAUUUAUUAUUUACUUUGAAGAAGCCCAAAACUAAAGAGAAGAUAGAUGGCAAAUUUAUUCCUGCACCAAUUGAAGAAUUCAAAGUGCCGUGCCAGGUGAUGAUAAUAUAUUUGCCUCUGUUUUUUUCUAUUCAGAUGGUGAGCUUUUGGGGAAGAUUAGGAACGAAUAGUGUCAUACAUUAGUAUAGUGACAAAGUAACAAGCUAGACAUGGUGCCAAUUCAUACAAAAAGCCAGGGGUGUUUGCACGUAGAAGUUGACUACCAAUACCAGAAUGUUGUGGUCAUUCUUCGUACAUUAUGUAUUGAGGCAAUUGUUGUAUGCAUGCACAUCUUUAAAUGUUAAACCAGGUAUGAUCGAAAUGUAAUUAGUUAUUCUUUUUGGCAGAAAA